AUGAUGUCUCGAGAGCAGCCUAAGCCGAAACUUGAUAGUCACCACAGAAAGAAUGCUGACCGAUCUCCAGCUGCAACUGUGAUUAUUAGCGAUAGCAGUGAAAGCAGCGACGGUAGUGAUUCGGACGACCAGGAGUGGCCUAUAAAGUGUAUCCUCCGUGAAACAGACACCGAGUAUCUUAUUGAUUGGGAGGGUCCUUACGAUCCAACUUGGGAACCCAAAGAGAACGCGAGUGAGCUUGCUAUACAAGUUUGGAACCGGCGGAAAGCCCGGCGAUCAAGCGAGUUAAAUCAAAGACCGACACGCAAGAGGACCCCUAAAUCGCCUAGUGUCAUCGAGGUCUCUUCCUUAUCACCAGAAGCAAACAUAGGCCCAGAGGACCACUCGCCCUUCGACAACGAGACCGAACAGAGCAGCACUGAUUCCGAUAAUUAUUCAAAGGUCUCCUCAUCGCUAUUUGUGCGACAAGACGGCCUUUCAGAGAUAGUAGACUCUCUUCAAUCUCAGUACAUUGAAGCCUCCGGCUGCUUUUACGGGACCGCCUCUCCACCCCGGUCUUUUUCCGAUUGUUCUCCGCCUCUAGAGGCUGUAUCCACAAACUCUCGCUCGCAGGCCACCACCGCAUUUUUUGAAUAUAUUUCCGAGUCAUCUGCUCCGCCUGAAUACCUGCAACCGGGUGAGUGGGACGACGACGUCGUGUUUGAUACGCAGCAGCGUGAUCCGACUUGUGACUCAAAGGCCGAUUCGGUUAGUAGAUGCUCAUCGCAUCGACAGUACUCUGCGGAAAUCAACAGCAUUUUCGGAUUAUCAUAUCCGAACACACCAGGUCUUGGACUGAGCUCUAAGGUCACCGAAAUAGCCGAGACGCCUGCUCAGCCACCAGGCUUAGGAGCUGAUUUAUCGCGCUUCGGCUCUUUCUCUAUUGAUAAUACUCCAUCUUACAACAAUUUGACCUUCCAGCCUCCUGAGUCGUGUGGCUCUGUCAUCAGAGACUGCGAAUUCGUCCAGUCGACUUACCUGAGCUCAAUCCCAGAGACAAAUCUUCAACAACUGUCACAAUAUCCAGAAGAGCUCAGUGCUGAAGGUUUAACUCGACAAGUGCUUUCAUCUUCUAAUCUUGUGGAAGAACCCUCUGCCGAGAUCAUGGAAGACAAAGAGCCCAAGUCAUCGGAUCCUUCUCUCUCCGAUGCCCCUUUGGACCGAUACAGUGAAUUGCCAGGGUCCACUCCUGUGGAAAGGAUACGCAAUGCCUGGGCCCAACUCGGCGAAGAAAAUCAAUCCGAGCUAUCCCAAACAGCCAACGCUGUCGAAACUCCAUCUUCCGUGGGAGAUAUCGAGGCUUCGAUCCCUGUGUCUGUCCCUGAAACAACUGCACCGCUUAGUGUCAGAGCCGACACAGAUUCCUUUUCCCAUUCACAUACUGCAGUCCACCAUGGUCACUCUGAACCUUUACUGCCACCCUCGGAACUAGCUCACGGAGGCCACAUGAGUCAACCUUCACUCCAAACUAUCCACCCCAGCGCGUUGACCGUCACCGGCAUGGAUGAGGUUGCGCCUGGAUCAGUCCACCUUGGGCCGUCUGAAUUUGCCGUCACCCUUCCGAUGGAUUCUCGGGUGAAGGAUGACUACGAGCGAGUGCUAUCAGAUGCAGCUACAAACAUACGUCAAUUUUUCGACAGCUUUCAGUCAAAUUCUCAAAUUUCUGAGCCUGAGCGAGAGGUUUUACAUUCACAAAUGCGGGAGGUCGUUGUGCGGUUGAGCAAUGUUUCAACCCAUCCAGACUUAAACAUCUCUGACCACUUGAAAGACCCCGACCCCGACCUUGCGAAAGAGGCAGCCUGGGCCGAAUAUUCUAGUGCAAAGUUUCUUCUACUAGGUCAUCUCAUGGAGAUUGUAGGUACACACGAGCUCCAUCUGAUUCUUGCUGUUCAAGACGAGAAGAAACAGGCAGUUCUGGAGCGUUAUCUCCAAGGGAAGGGCUUUGCAUACACCAAACCCCGUGAAGAAAUGGGCAGCAUCUUGGAAGUUUCCCUAGCCAAGGGGUCACUCAGCUUUGGAAUCCAUUCCAGCGAGACCGCCCGUGAACUUUACAAGCCGCCGUCUGCUAUUUUUGCAUUGGAUUCAUAUUUUAGACCCAAAAGUCCGUCCAUACAGCACAUCCGAACAACUUAUGCCCGAAACGGGAACUUGCUUCCAGUCAUCUGGUUUCUUGUCGCCAACACGAGCGAACAUAUUGAGCGUUGUUUGCCCGAGUCACCAGAGCCCGAUCGAUUGCGUUUACUUGUGCACUAUAUUGCCCGUCUCCACGACGAGGUCGGUGAUCUCCAGGAUGAUGCCCUUGGCGUACAUGAAGACGCUGAAGAGAUUCUUGGAUACCUCUUGGAUCGUGUUGCUGGCUGGCCAUUGCCUACCAUUGAGCCUUUGAAUCUUGUGUCCCUGGAGGAGUUAGAGUGCGACAGCUCUGCUUCAUCUGACGAGGCGAUGCAGCCGACCCAGAAACGUACACUGGAGGACGAACCGGAGGAACACUCGUCAAAGCGCGCACGGGUCGGUACUCAAGAGAACAGCCAGUUGACCGAGUCAACUAAGCCUCCCAGUCAAACAUUGGACCGGGAUUUGCAAUCACUCGAGAGGAACCUGGUCCAGAUGAAACACAUUCACGCAACUGAAAAGGCCCAGUUGCAGGCUGAGCUUGCUCGGGCAAAUUCUCGAUUCCAAGAAAUGGAGAAGGCACUAGGUAUUCUACAACACCGUUACGAGAGUCGGACCAAUGAACUCCAUGCAACUCGCCAAGAGCGUGAUCGCGUCACUGAAACCAAGCCGUCUCUGGAACAGCGCGUCGAGAAACAAAAAGAAACUAUCUCUAGUCUGAAAGAAGAACGGACAGAGCUGAAGCGUGAGCUCGACGAAGCCAGGCAAGCACUCAAAGAUGGUGGUGGCAGUUCUGCUGAACUGGAGACCGCACGCGAGGAAAUCCGCCGCCUGGCCAAAGAAAAUUCGAACCUUGAACGCAAGGCUGAGUUCGAGAAAAACCAAGCCGAGUACACCCGAGAGCAAUAUCAGACUGCAUCUACAUCAGCCGCUCAGUCUGGCACCGAAAACCGCCGUUUGGCCACCGAGAAUGAGAAACUAAAGCGCAAGGCCGAAAGCAAUGCCGUCCAACUUUGUGAGCUACACAUGAAGGACGACUCCGUUCGUCAUCUAGCUCGAAUUGAAGAGCUAGAAUUGAUUCUCGCUACGCGCGACGAAUUCCUACGCAGGAAGGAAGAUGAGCUUCGUGAAAUUCGGAAGAAUCGUCCAUCUACUCGCUCGACUAGCACUCAACCACGAAGUCCCAAGUGGGCCGGCAGCCGUCCGACCAGCCCAGGGGUAGGUCAUAAUGGGAAUGGUAAUGGUCUUGGGGGAAGAGGCAGUGCGCUACGAUACAGUUCUGAGAUGCCUUUCUGA